ACAGGUAACUUUGACAGGCCACUCAGGUGUAUAUGUCAGUGCGCCGUAGAUACAUAUGGUCUGUCAUGGUCUGUUAACUGUGUUAAAGUGCGUACACAUCUUUCAAACACUUUGCCAACCCAGGCUUGGUAUAUGAUAUAUGUUAGUUGGGAAAUCGUGCAGCGGUGAACAUUCUAGCACACCUGAAGAGGGGGUUACCUGUGUGACGGAAAAAGUGGUUUUCUUUCUAUCGUCUGUGGAUGUUUACAUUACAUGUGAAGUCGUAGUGGUCAGGCCUACCCCUCAAUUAUUGCGGCGUUCUCGGAGGCUCGCGCCGUGGUUUAUAUCUUUACGACACAUCUAGUGCUUGGAUAUUAGCGUGUUUAUCUGGGAUGGAAACUUGUUAACCUCGCCUAAACGUGACACGUUCUCAUUGCAGUAUUUCUGCUCCGAAUAAUGAUGAGGGCGACCCUCAGGAUGGUUGAAAGUAUUUUAUCAACUUGCCUUGUUGCAGCCAUCCUUACCUCAGUAUCUGGUGCUCCAACCAUAAUAACACCAUCAGAGACGGUGACAAGAACUAUCGGAGGGAUUGCCAUUCUGAGGUGUCAAGUCCGAGACAUAGGAAAUGCCACAAUCAACUGGUUAUUUGUGGACCACAAUACCCAAAUAUCUCAAGGAAGGACUGUCCUGGUGACUACGCAAGGGAAAUAUGGCUUUUUAUCCCCUAUAGACAAUUUAGCAACUCGGCAGUUGAAUCUCCAAAUAACAAAUUUGGACAUAACAGACGCAGGUCAAUAUCGAUGUUACGUGAGUGGUACAUCCCGGAACGGUGAAAGUGGUCCAGACUCUUCAAGUACGAGGUGCACCUGCUGUCCCAACCAUCACUGUGGAGCCAGCAAACUACACAGACUGUUGUGUCGAACAGAAUGUGUCUGCCUCCUGCCUACCUGCCUGCGUACCUGGUAAUGUCAGCCAGGAUGCACUGAACCCUCUGCAGGCAUGUGCCCUUGACCUUAACAAACUUCUGCACUGCUUCUCAGAUUCUCGGAAUCAUGCUGGUUGCUGUCACCGACGCCUUAUCCCCGACAUCUGCACUGACUUCUGCAUGAACAACCCCCCUCCACUCACAGCCAGCCACCUGAUGUGCCUCAACUUUGCCAGUGACAUCAUUUCUUGCUUUGAAGAAGGACAAGUAUUGCUGCCUGGUCCACCAACAGAGGUUUCUGUGUUGCCACUUUCUGCCAACACCAUCCUGGUCAACUGGCACCCUCCCACUAAAAACCCGACUGUCGUCACAAACUACAGGGUGUCCCAUAAACUAGCAUCAUCACAAGUAUAUCUGUCAUCGGGGUUGAUUGCUGGUAACACCAUCCAGUACACCUUGAUGGGCCUGCAGGAGGAGCAGGAUUAUGUCAUCUAUGUGACAGCUAUUGGGCAGCAUGGGUCCAGUCAGCCAUCAGAAAGACUGGUGACCAUGACCAUCACUGGUAGAAACAAUGCCAACCAGUCUGCUGAUAUUGAUGCUUGUUGCCAGAGACGUGGUGUCUCGCCAUACUGUCAGGUCAAACUCUGUCAAUCCUCCUCCUGGAGAAGACUGAAUCCAGACUCAGUCUCCAGCUGUUACUCUCAGCUUGAUGACAUCUUCCAAUGUCUGGCAGGAGGGCGUAACCACACCCUAUGCUGUAUGAACAAUAACGUCCCAGAAACAUGUCUUGGACUCUGUAGUGGGUCAACCCCACCCCUCAGCUGGAAUCACACCCAAUGUGUCCUCUCUAUGCCCAUCAUAAAUGCCUGUGUACUUCAAGGAUUCAGUAACUUACCUGGUGCUCCUCACACUGUGGCCUUGAAGUCUGUGACAACUUCAGACGCUGAACUGGAGUGGUCUGCCCCUACUGGGUCAGCUGCUGUUAAGGGUUACCUGGUCCAGACAAAAGAAAUAGGAGUAGAAGCUGACUUUGGUCAUACGAUGGAGGUCUCACAAAGGGUAGUGCAAUUAAUCAACCUUAAAGCAAACACAGAAUACGCAGCACGGGUCAUUGCUGUCGGCGAAACUUACAGCAGCCUCCCAUCAGAGACUGUAGUUUUCACCACUUACUCAGUUGCCCCAACACCUGAUACAAGCAUUGCUACAAUACACAAUUUUUCUGCUUGCUGCAUCGACAGCAACGUCCAGUCCACCUGCCAGCCUGCUUGCACCUAUGACACCAGAUCAGUCCUUGACUUCUAUAGGCAAACUGACAAAGCUCUGGCUUGCAUUGGGUCUCUGAAGACAAUUCUCACCUGUGCCUCAGAUGGUCGGGACCACCGGAGCUGUUGUAGACAGCGUUAUGUGCCUGAGGGGUGUCAAAUGUUCUGUAACUUCACCGACUCCUCACCGUCUUUGGAUGUCAGCCACGUGACAUGUCUGGCUGAGAUGGAAGACAUCAUCCAGUGUUACACCGAGGGAGUGUUAUACCUUCCCAAGCAUCCUGUGAAUGUGGAAGUUGUCAACAAGACUCAACAUACGGUGAUUGUGGCAUGGGAGAGGGCUGCGACUGGACCCAGUGUUGACUACUACACUGUCGCCUACACACCUGACCUCCUCACGUGGACCAGGGAAAAUGUUACAUCGACUUCAUAUAUCCUGCAAAACCUUGACCCUGGCACCAUGUACACAAUAGAGAUUAUCUCCGUCAACAGCAAUGGCACCAGCCCCCCCAGCAACAGGGUCAGCGUUUACACUGACACAGGAGCAGUCCUCCCUCCCCUGGUCAUUAAUGGCACGGUUGUUGAUGGAAGAGUCAUCUGGAAAGAUAAAAUAGACUGUUGUUUGGGGAACAACAUAUCAGCGCCAUGCCUGGGUCUCUGUACCGGCACAGCCCGUGACACACAUGAAAUGUGUUUAGACGAUGUCGCUGUCAUACUUGCAUGUGCCUCAGAUGGCAGGGAUCAUCGGCCAUGUUGUCAACAGAUUGGGGUUCCAGCUGCUUGUCUGUCCUUCUGUCAAGGUCAUAUAACCGGGAAGAACUUUGUGACUGCUGCAUGCAUUGCUUGGACCAGUCACAUUACAGGCUGUACCUUGGAUGGAGCAAAUGUGGUGCCAUCGGAACCCCGAAACAUGACAGCUGAGCAUGUUUCUAGUGGAGUGAUAAAGAUAACAUGGAAACCUUCAGCAGAGAACUGUGACAACAACAGCUGCACCUACAGCGUCCACUACUGGGAAACGAUAGCCUACAUCAGGGGUGGACCUGAAUCCCAAAGCGAAGAGAAUGUCCAGAGCCCUUACAACCUGGCGGGCCUACAGAGUAACAAAUACUACCGAGUGUCUGUAUCAGCACGGAACCAGUAUGGUGGCAGUCGGAUGGCGCCUGCUCAGACCCUUUUUAUGAAUGACUUUGGAAUACAAGACGUGAGCAUCAACUUCAGUCCUGAAGGAGUUAUAGACCUUGGUAGUCCUGUGAAGAUGUUCUGUGAUGUCAUCGCCAACCCUACGCCCAACAUCACCUGGACAAAAGACAGAAAGGUGGUCGGAACUGGAAGGAGGCUGGCUAUAAUGUCCGUUAAGGAAGCCGACAGUGGCUCGUAUACAUGUACCGCAUCAAAUGGGGGUGAUUCAAAAUCAGUCACAGUUCACUUGCCUGUCAGAUUUAAGCCCAAGGUUGUUGAAAAUCGAGAUGAUACUAAGAAUCCAAAAGAGGGUCUAACUGGAGUGAUAGCUUGUUGGUUUUCCGGCUUCCCUGAUGUCGUCAGCAUAAAAUGGAAGAAAGACAACAAGACCUUCACAGCUUCUUUACCCAAGGUGAAGGCCUAUAAUGAAGUCAGAAUUCACACAGGAAUAACAGUUGCACAGUUACGGAUCAACAAUGUUGUCGGCGGUGACUAUGCUGAUUACAUCUGCUCAGCAAGUAAUAAGUAUGGGACUGCCACUGGUGCUGUGAAACUCAUCGAUCCGUAUGCUCAAAUCCAGAUUCACCCAGCCGCCAGAGUGACCAAUGUCACAGCUUGCUGUAUACAAAAGAAAAUUGACCCAGACUGCAUGGUGGCCUGUUCCUUCGACAUCGACAUUGCAGCCAUCAUCAACAGACCAGAUCUGUUUAAAUGUGUGAACUUUCUCCCAACUUUUACCCAGUGUGCAGCAGAUGGAAGUGAUCAUAGUCAGUGCUGUAAGAAUGAGGGCGUGGCACCAUACUGUCUACCUUUUUGUUCUGGAAAUACACCAGGGACUGGGAACGCUUUGACAGAUCCUAAGAUGCUGCAGUGUAUUGACCACUCCGACAAGAUAAUUGGCUGUAUGGAAGAAAACAAAAAUAACAUCCCAGACGCACCAGUGAUGUUUGCUAAGAUCAAGGACAAACAGAUCCUCGUCACCUGGGACAGACCUAGCAAGAAUGGCCAGAAAGUGAAGCAGUACCUGGUAUAUGUACAGGAAGGGAGAGCGUCAAGAAGGAGCAUCACACCGUGUCCAAGAACUUCUUCUCUUACACUGUGGUGAACAUCAAGGCCAACAUCAACUACGCAGUAUGGGUAGUAGCCUCCAACGACUUCGGUACAAGCCAACCAUCGCAGAUCAGAAACAUACACGUGGGCGCUCUGUCACCCAAUCCUCCAUAUGAUCUUGAAGCUGUCGACGUCUCUUCAGGCAUCAGUCUGAUGUGGAAGAGUGCAACUGAUGGCCCACAACCGUCAGGAUUUGUUAUUUUCUACAAGAAAGUUCAAGAU